AUGAUGCUACAAUUCGACAGAAAUAAUCAAUUUCUGUUUUGGACGUGUUUUUCGGAUGAAGCAACCUUUGAGUUGAGCGGAUCUGUCAAUCGGCAUAACAUGAGGUAUUGGACCGAUGAGAAUCCCCACUGGAUGAGGGAGCAUCGUACACAGUAUCCGGAAAAAGUUAACGUUUGGGCUGGAAUAUUGUGUAAUCGUAUCAUCGGGCCAUUUUUCAUUGAUGGCAAUUUGACAUCUGAAAAGUACGUAAAUUUGUUGAACGAUAACAUAAUACCUGCAAUACAAGCUAUCGUUGGGGAUGCAUUCGAGAAUGUUUGGUUUCAACAAGACGGAGCUCAAGUUCAUUUUACCCUAAUUGUACGCAAUGUACUGAACAACGUUUUCCCUGACAGGUGGAUUGGUAGAAGAGGUACCAUUGAGUGGCCACCAAGAUCACCCGAUUUGUCGCCUCUUGAUUUCUUUUACUGGGGAUACUUGAAAAGCAAAGUUUUUGAAACCAAACCCAAGUAG